AUGAUGACGAGUUUGCAACAACAACACUCACCAUAUCCAGGACUUCAACAUCAGGGCGUUCCUCAGGGCCAUAUGGCGGGAAUGCCUCAUGCUCAGGGUCAGCAAGGACAACCAGGUCCAGGUAUGCCUCAACAAAUGCACAUGGGAGUUUCUGGACCAGGUGGUCCUCAAGUCACUCAAGCCGGUGCUAUGAUGGCUGGUAUGCCACCUGGUGCUGGACCAAACGCACAUGCUCUACAGCAUUUGAACCCAAAUCAGCAGGCGCAAGCGGCAAUGUUCCAACAGCAGCAACAACAACAGAUGAUGAACGCAAAUCCGCAGUUAAUGCAUCAUCAAAUGUUACAACAACAAGCAGCCAGGCAGCGCCAGAUCCAACUACAACAGCAAUACAGCGGCGGUGGAAUGCCAAACGGAAUGCCUGUAAAUAUGCAUGGGAUGAACCCAAAUCAAAUGAACGCUCAAUUUGCAAUGCGACAUGGUACCCCCGGAAUGGCUCGCCCGGUAAAUCUACCACAGCAUCUUGCCCAGCAACAACAGAUGGCUCAAGACAACGUCAAUCAACAACAAGCACAUCAGCAGACUCAACAGAUGAUGCUCGCAAUGCACCAACAAAAUGCUCAAAAUCAUGGACCGAAUGGCCAAGCAGGACAUCCCCAGAUGACUGCCCAGCAAAUGCAACAACUCCAACAACAACACCUUGCGCAACAGCAACAACAACAACAGCACCAACAGCAACAACAGCAGCAGCAACAACAGCAACAACAACAGCAACAACAACAGCAACAACAAGCUCAUGCUCAGGCUCAAGCGGUUCAAGCCCAGCAAGCUCAGGCCCAAGCCCAAGCGCAGGCUCAGGCGGCCGCUGCUGUAUCUCAACAACAGAACCAAAACCAAUCCCAGGUUCAGAAUCAGCCACCUCAAUCGGCCUCGACACCUCAACCUCAAGCACCACCGCCAGCCGCUCUCCAAGCAGCCAUUCAGGCUCAAGCUCAACAAGCCCAAGUCCAGCAAGCUCAAGCUCAGCAACCAACGGGGGCUCUUCAGCAGCAGCAACAGCAACAGCAACAACAGCAACAGCACGCUGCUGCAAUGCUACAACAACAGCAGCAGCAGCAGACUAGACAAGGAGAAAAAUUAAAGGGGCAAUGCCUAAUGCGAUUGGUACAAUUUAGUGAUCAUCUCGGUGGUUUUUGCAAGGUUGUCAAGCCGGUAGGCUUUUACGAGGCAACUGGCGUUUCUCGGCUGAAUGCCGAGUCCAUGAAAGAAAAGGACGACUUAGCAUAUUGGGGAAGCUUUGCGGAGAGGUUUUUCUCCCGAGGGGGGGUUCUACGCUAUUCGACAUAUUCGUACAAUCCCCAAGAUAACGUCCGUGAGAAACAGUACGAGAUAACAUCACCUGCGAUGCCGAGAUACUUUCAUACCCACUUCGAAAGUGGUGUUACGAACAUGCAGAUGAUUUUUGAGAAAGGCACUGAAAAGGAAUUGCCGCUAAAUGGCCAUUACAUUGAAAGUCAGAACUCAAGUUUUGUCUACUGGUUUGAAGAUGGCUCUCACCUGGUCUCAAAUGGCAUACUUCGCGCUCAUUUUGAUGGGGAUCAAAAGCUCGAGCUACUUGACUUCGAGACUCGUAGUCAUCAGGAGUAUGUUCCCCGUAGCAUGGCUAUAGACAGAGCAAGGCCAAUUCACAAUUGGGUAAAAGAUUGGAAAUCCAUGAACAAUGGACCUGAUGGCAAACCAUCGCCCGAAAUGAACAAAAAGAAACAAAAGAUGAUGAAAUCUCCACCGAAUCCUCCUCCUGAUUUCGACCUACCAGACACGAAACUGACUCAAUACACUGGAAUCACACCUAUGGUGUUUCGAUUUCUUGAGAUGAAUGAGGUUUUGGCUCAAAUGAAUCCUUUAAUGAGCUAUCUGCAAACAAACCCAACACUUACUCCCUAUAAAGCCAUAGACGCAUACAUGGCUCAAGUGAAUAGCAAUGGAGCAAACGGUGGUCCUCAAAACUCCUCGGGUCCACGAACACCGGCAAUGGUAAAUUUCCCGAUUGGUGCUUCUCCUGCAGCUGCACACUUGCAAAUACCAGAAGGAUCACCUCAUAUGAUGGGUAGUCCAGCUCAAGCUCCAGGUAUGCAGCUCCAACAGAGUCAGCAUGGAACCACGUCAAGUGGCCCAAGCGCAAACACAAGUCCCAAUGCGAGUAACAAACGAAGAAGGCCAAGUACAGUCAAGGCCGAAGAAGAUGGACAAGCCAACGGGACAGGAAAAAACAACGUCAAACCUAGUCCACGCAUAACGAAGAGACAAAAAGGAAAUCCCGCUUGA